AUGGACGUUGAUGUCAACAGGUUCCAAGAGCGGGAGCUGUAUGGGUUUGGUCAGAACGCUUGCGGAGAGCUAGGGCUUGGAGACACGCUCGAGCGCCACACGCCUACCCUCUCUCAGACCUCCCGCGGCAAGGACAUCGUUGACGUCACCGCGGGGAACGAGCUCACAGCCGUUCUCACCAACACCGGGGAAGUCUACAGCUGUGGAUACAACUGCGAGGGGCAAUGUGGGAUCGGGGAGAUCGAUGAAACGGUGCCAGAAACGGUUCCGUCGUUGACCAAGGUGAAUCUUCGGGAGCCAAGCUUUCGACCUGCCGGCCGUGUGUCUCUGGUCCACUCUGGGAAUGGCUGCGAGCACCUUGUGCUUGUGACGGAGGAGGGGAAACUCCAAACCUGCGGCCGCAACGACUCGGGGCAGCUGGGGCACGGGGAGGUGGGAAAGGGGUACAGCUUGCCCAGGCCGGUAGCAGGUUUUGCCGGGUACCGAGUCACGAAGGUGAAGUUAUCUGGUUGGGGGCAGCUGGGGCACGGGGAGGUGGGAAAGGGGUACAGCUUGCCCAGGCCGGUAGCAGGUUUUGCCGGGUACCGAGUCACGAAGGUGGCGUGCUCGUAUUCGCACACGGUGGUCGUGACGGACGACGAUCGAACGUGGACCUUCGGGGGCAACGACUACGGACAGCUGGGCCAUGGGGACCGUAGCUCCCGCUCUGCUCCCGCGGCUCUCGCCUGCUUUCAGGGCCUGGGCGUGCUCAGCGUCGCUUGCGGGGUGUACCACACGGUAUGUUGCAGAGAAACAAGGUUCGGGAGGCAGAGAGAGAGUGAGAGAGAAAGGGGACAAAGAGAGAGAAAGAGAGAAAGGGCGAGGGGGAGGGCGAACAGACACGGACACCGACACAAACGGACCAAGGACAACCUUUGCGUGUGUAUGAAUCGGGAGGUGUCCUGUUCGUCGCGCCCGAGGUGA